CAUUUUAAUAGUCAAAUUAUUAUUUGCUUCGUAACUUCUUAAAAAAGAUGAAAUUAAUGCUACUCUCAAAUACCAAGCUUAUUUUCCUGUCAUUUCUGUAUAAUCUAUUUUAUCAGAGCAAUGCAUAUCAUUUAAAGAACAAACAUGGAACUGAGUUUCGAACACUGAUGUCAUUAUUAAAUGACGAGAAAUUCGUGGAUAUUAAUAGGGAAAAAGUCAAUACUUUCCUUAAAAGCAUCGACUUCCAGAGAUAUGAUGAUGAUGACUUUGGAUUUGUAUGUAGACCUACUUAUUGCCCCGGUGAGAAUCAGAAAUGCGUUCCAAAAGGCAGGGACUUCUACUGUGAAUGCAAUGAGAGUUUUCAACUGGAAGAUGAAAGCACAAAAGGAACAAAAGACAUAAAAUGCAAGGACAUAUAUGAGUGCAAAAGUACUGAUUGUGUAGGGAAAAAUCAAAUGUGUGUUCCGAAAGGCAAUGAUUACUAUUGUGAAUGCUACAAAGAUUUUAAACUGGUAGAUGAGUACAAAAAAGGAACAAAAGACAUACAAUGCGAGGCAAUUACAUAUUAUUGCAAAAUUGAUGAUUGUCCAGGAAAGAAUACCCAGUGUGUCCCAACUGAAAAAACCUUUAAAUGUGAAUGCCUUAUAGAUUUUGAACCUGUAGAUGAAAAGAAGAAAGAUACAAAUGAACUGGCAUGCAAAGAUAAAUAUAAAUGUGAAAGCACUGAUUGCUUCGGUGAGAAUCAAAAAUGCGUUCCGAAUGGCAGUGACUAUUAUUGUGACUGCAAUGAGGGUUUUGAACUGAAAGAUAAUAGCAAAAAAGGAACAAAAUACAUAAAAUGCACAAUAGCAAAACAUGUAUGCAAAGACACUGACUGUAAAGGAGAAAAUACAAAAUGUGUAGAGGCUGGCAGCGAUUACACUUGUGAGUGUAAAGAUGGCUUCGUACCAAUAUAUGAUACUAAGAAAGGACGAAAAGAUGUUAUAUGCAUUGUAGCAAAACAUGUAUGCAAAGACACUGACUGUAAAGGAGAAAAUACAAAAUGUGUGGAGGCUGGCAGCGAUUACACUUGUGAGUGUAAAGAUGGCUUCGUACCAAAAGAGGCUUCUACGAAAGGACAUAGAGAUGCCGUAUGCGUCGGUAAGGAUAAAUAAACAGUUGUAAAACAAUUUGGUUGAAUAAAUUUGUAAAACAAUCAGGAUGGUUCGUACCAAAAGACAUUAGUAAAAAAGACAAAAAGGUGCCGUAUGUAUUGAUAAGAAUAAAUAUGAAGAAUAAAGUUAAUGAAAUAUUUACCUAUUUGGAUUGUUGCAAUGAGUAAUUGGAGUAAAAUAUUUUGAACUAAAGUUCACCAAAUCUAUGAAAAUCUUUCGAAAAAAAAUAAUGAAAAUAACGGAGUUAAAAAAAAUGAAUAUUUUUUAUUGAGCAAGCAUAAAUUACGUAGAAUAAGGUCAUGUUUUUUUUGAGGAAGCACACUUGAUUAAACGACUGGCCUCUA